AAGAAGAGAACGUCAAGACGCAGUAGCCGUUUACAAGCUAAACAGCAGCCCCAGGCCAGUCAGACGGAUUCCCCGCAAGAAGCCCAAGUAAUUCAGGCCAAGAAGAGGAAAACGGCCCAAGACGUCAAAAAAAGAAAAGAGGAGGUCACCAAGAAACAUCAGUAUGAAAUUAGGAAUUGUUGGCCACCUGUAUUAUCCGGGGGGAUCAGUCCUUGCAUUAUCAUUGAAACACCCCACAAAGAAAUAGGAACAAGUGACUUCUCCAGAUUCACAAAUUAUAGAUUUAAAAAUCUUUUUAUUAAUCUGUCACCUUUACCUGAUUUAAGCUGGGGAUGUUCACAAGAUGUUUGGCUAAACAUGUUAAAAAAAGAGACCAGGUAUGUUCACAACAAACAUUUUGAAGUUCUGCAUUCUGAGUUGGAACCACAGAUGAAGUCAAUACUUCUAGACUGGCUUUUAGAGGUAUGUGAAGUAUACACACUUCAUAGGGAAACAUUUUAUCUUGCACAAGACUUUUUUGAUAGAUUUAUGUUGACACAAAAGGAUAUAAAUAAAAAUAUGCUUCAACUGAUUGGAAUUACCUCAUUAUUCAUUGCUUCCAAACUUGAGGAAAUCUACGCUCCUAAGCUCCAAGAGUUUGCUUAUGUCACUGAUGGUGCUUGCAGUGAAGAGGAUAUCUUAAGUAUGGAACUUGCUAUAUUAAAGGCUUUAAAAUGGGAACUUUGUCCUGUAACGGUCAUCUCCUGGCUCAAUCUUUUCCUCCAAGUUGAUGCUCUUAAAGAUGCUCCUAAAGUUCUUCUACCUCAGUAUUCUCAGGAAAAGUUCAUUCAAAUUGCUCAGCUUUUAGAUCUGUGUAUUUUAGCCAUCGAUUCAUUAGAGUUCCAGUACAGAAUACUGGCUGCUGCUGCCUUGUGCCACUUUACCUCUAUUGAAGUGGUUAAGAAAGCCUCAGGUUUGGAAUGGGACAACAUUUCUGAAUGUGUAGACUGGAUGGUACCUUUUGUCAGUGUAGUAAAAAGUACUAGCCCAGCGAAGCUUAAGAUUUUUAAGAAGAUUUCUAUGGAAGACAGACACAACAUACAGACACAUACAAAUUAUCUGGCUAUGCUGGAUGAAGUAAAUUAUGCAGACACCUUCAGGAAGGAGGGACAGUUGUCACCAGUGUGCAAUGGAGGCAUUAUGACACCACCGAAGAGCACUGAAAAACCACCAGGAAAACACUAAGAAAGUUAACUGAGCAAACAACUUGGAACUGAUGAAGUGCUGCACAGCAUUUCAUGGAACUUAAGUUUUACAGGAAAAUAGUGCUGUGACUGUCCUGCCAAUUCAGAAGUUUCACUGCCAUUCUUUGAUUUAAAAACCACUUAAAACUGGCACUAAGGAGGAAAUGUAUUUAAUUCCCAUGUUAGCUGUUUAAAGAAACAGCAGUACUUGUUUACAAAGAUGACUUCAUUCCCAAUACUGGCUGGAUAAAAGCCAGCCACGAUUUAUGCCAUAACAAGUCUUUUGACCCAG